CAGACGUGCGUGGAACGCGCAUCGGUUCGGACGUGUUUUUUCCAGCCCUGCUCCCCAGAAAAGUGAACGGAAGCUCAAGCAAGGACUUACGCGAGUGUCCUGCGCAGGGAAAUCUAGAAACUUGGAGCUGGAAAAUAAGUUUUUCGGAACGUUGGAGUGUAAAUCAAAUUAAGUUCGUUCUAAACGCCAAUUAUCGCGAGUGCCUAAUCCAAUUAACAGCAAAAUGGGCCUCGAGUUCUUCUUUAAGUUCGGCUAUGCCUUCCUGACAAUAACCCUGAUGAUCAUGAUCUGGAUGUCGCUGGCCCGUGCCUCGAUGUUCGCCCGUGAAAUGGAGGAGACGCACUAUCCGCCCUGCACCUACAACGUGAUGUGCACCUGCUCGAAGUCCUCCACGGAUCUGGGGAUAGUGCACUGCAAGAACGUUCCGUUUCCGGCACUGCCGCGCAUGGUGAACCAGUCGAAGGUUUUCAUGCUGCACAUGGAGAACACGGGUCUGCGCGAGAUUGAACCCUACUUCCUGCAGUCCACGGGAAUGUACCGGCUGAAGAUCUUCGGAAACCAUCUCACCGAGAUCCCGGACGACGCCUUCACCGGACUGGAGCGUUCACUGUGGGAGCUGAUCCUGCCGCAGAACGACCUGGUGGAGAUCCCCUCCAGGGCGGUGAGGCACCUGCAGAAGCUGCGCCACCUGGACCUGGGCUACAACCAUAUAACGCACAUAAACCACGACUCGUUCCGCGGACUAGAGGACUCGCUGCAGACGCUGAUCCUGCGCGAGAACUGCAUCUCGCAGCUGAUGUCGCACAGCUUCUCCGGCCUCCUGAUCCUCGAGACCCUCGACCUGAGUGGGAACAACCUGUUCGAGAUCGACCCGAACGUGUUUGUCGAUGGAAUGCCGCGACUGACGCGACUUCUGCUCACGGACAACAUCCUCUCGGAGAUUCCCUAUGACGCCCUGGGUCCCCUGAAAAGCCUGCGCACCCUGGACAUCUCCCACAAUGUGAUCUGGUCGCUCAGCGGUAACGAGACCUACGAGAUCAAGGCCAGCACCAAGCUGAAUCUGGACAACCUGCACCUGGAGUACAACCACAUCGAGGUGCUGCCUCCUAAUUCGUUCAAGUACUUCGAUACCGUCAAUCGCACCUUCUUCGACGGCAAUCCCAUUCACACUCUGAGGGAAGAUGCCUUCAAACCCGCUCGAAUAAGGGAGAUUUACAUGAGGUACUGCGGCCUGACCAACAUUUCGCCUGUGGCCUUUGACAGCCUGGUGAACAGCCUCCAGAUCCUGGACUUGUCUGGCAACAAUCUCACCAAGCUGCAUCACAAGCUCUUCAACAAUUUCGAUGUCUUGAGAGUCAUCAGCAUGCGGGACAACAAGAUCAAGAUCCAGAAGCCCACGGAGACCUUCAAUGCGGUGCACUACACCCUCCUGAAACUGGACCUGAGUGGUGACCGCAAUGACCCCACCAACCUGCAGACUCUUCGCAAUAUGACCAGAAUGCGGAACAUGCGAUCGCUGUCGAUAUCCCGCCUGGGAUCCUCCUCCGUGGGACCCGAGGACUUUAAGGACUUUGGCGUGGAACUGGAGGAUCUGCAGAUCACACGGGCCAGUCUAUCGGGAAUUCAGUCGCAUGCCUUCAAGCAUGUGAGGGGACUCAAGAGACUGGACUUUAGCGAGAAUGGAAUAUCCAGCAUUGAGAAUGAUGCCUUCCAUGAGAUUGGUCACUCUCUGAUCUCUCUUAAGAUGUCCCACGGCUACUCAGGUAGUGCUCUGCCAGCUGAGCCCCUCAGACAUUUGACUUCCCUUCAGGAACUGGACUUUAGCAACAACCACAUCAGUAGCAUGAGUGACACCAGUUUUCAUUUCCUGAAGAAUUUGCGUCUCCUGGAGCUCCAUGACAACCGCAUCGAACAGGUUUUGAAGGGCACCUUCCAGGGCGAUAUCCACUCGAAGCUGGAGGAGAUCUCGCUGCGCUUCAACCACCUGACCUCCAUUUCCCAACACACCUUCUUCGAUCUGGAAGCUCUGAGAAAACUGCAACUGGAUGACAAUAAGAUUGACAAGAUCGAGCGAAGAGCCUUCAUGAACCUCGAUGAGCUGGAGUAUCUCAGCUUGAGGGGCAACAAAAUGAACAACCUGGCAGAGGAGUCCUUCCAAAACCUUCCCAAACUGGAGAUCCUGGACAUGGCUUUCAAUCAGCUGCCAAACUUUAACUUUGACUACUUCGAUCAAGUGGGUACGCUGUCCAAUCUAAAUGUGAAUGUGAGCCACAAUCAAAUCAGGCAGUUAAUGUACAAUUCAUCGUGGAGUGGUCGAAAUGAACACGGUUCCAUGUACCACUCGAACAUCAAGAUAUUGGAUCUUUCCCACAACAAUAUUUCCAUUAUUCAUCCUGGAUACUUCCGGCCUGCUGAGAUCUCACUGACACACUUGCAUCUGGGCUACAAUUCACUGAUGAACACCACCCGUGAUGUCUUUGGCAACAUGCCCCAUUUGCAAUGGCUGGACCUCAGUUACAAUUGGAUCCAUGAGCUUGACUUUGAUGCUUUUAAGAAUACCAGACAACUGCAGCUGGUUUACUUUAGACACAACUAUCUGAGUGAUAUUCCACAGGAUAUUUUCAGGCCUGUCCAGGGUCUGCGUAUCGUUGACUUUUCGCACAAUCAUCUGAGGGGCCUGCCCGACAAUCUCUUCUAUAAUGGAGGAAUGGAGAAAUUGGAUGUUUCGCACAACAUGAUGUUGAAGAUCCCCUCGUCAUCGAUGUCCAGUUUGGCUGCCCUGACGCUAUGCGAAUUGCACUUGUCCAACAACUUUAUCUCUACCAUUCACAGCAUGGAUCUGUCCAACAAGUUUAGGUCGCUUCGCUACUUGGAUAUUUCCUACAACUAUCUGCUGCGAAUUGACGAUGCCGUGUUUUCCACCAUGCCCAAACUAGCGGUUCUAGAUCUCUCCCACAAUCGGGAUCUGAAGGUCAUGGAUAAGUCCUUUAUGGGUCUGGAAAACUCCCUGAUCAAACUGGGUCUGGAGAAUGUGUCCCUGAGCACAGUGCCCGAGAUUCGACUAAAGUAUCUGCGUGAAUUCCGUUUGGGUUACAACGAACUGCCUUCGAUUCCCCAGGAAUUGGCCACCAACAUGAGUAAUCUGCGCAUGCUGGACCUAUCCAAUAACGAUCUAACCAAUGUUCCGCUGAUGACCCAGUCUCUGCCUCAUUUGAGACGACUGAUGCUCUCUGGCAAUCCCAUUACCUCGCUGAACAACAACAGUUUUGAUGGCGUGAACGAGGAUCUUGAGAUGUUGGAUAUAUCCAACUUCCGUUUGCAUUAUUUCGAGUAUGGCUGCCUGGACUCCUUGCCUCAUCUGCGAUCUUUGAAGCUCACUGCCUAUUCCCACCUGGAGCACUUUAACAUUCCACACUUGCUGCGCCAUCACUAUAAUAUCAGGCAGUUGUGGAUCGAGGCUCCGCAGCCCUUCACUCGUAUCGUCAAGAAGGGAUCUGGACCCACCCAGGAGAUGCAGACCCUCCAGCUAGGUAAUCCCACCGAUUUGCAGCGCGAAAUGGAGGGCCCUCUGCCCUCCAAGCUGACCAACAUCACCUUCAGUGGUCCGCAGUUCACAAAUCUGAACGAACGCAUUUUAAGAGGCAUGCGUUCUCCGUAUCUGUACAUGCAGCUGUUCAAUACCUCCAUGCAGGCACUGCCGCCGAACUUCUUCAAAUAUAUGGGUCGAGUGCGGAACAUUUCGCUGGACAUUCGCUAUCACAACAGAAACCUGAAGAAGAUUCCCAAUCCGAACACGGGAACAGUGCCAUAUCUGCCCAAUAGUGUGUUCCUCACCGACUUGAAGAUGUCCCACACGGAUCUCAACUGCGAUUGCGACCUGGGGUGGGUGGAGUUCUGGCAGCGCAAGAGGCGCCAGUACAUUUGCUCCUCCCAAACCUGGACCGAUACGGUCUUCCGCACCUUCAUGAACUCACCUUGUCAGGUGUACGGACGGCAUAACUGCGACGAUCACGAUGAUGACCUAAGGGAGACUCGUUGUGAAAACAAAGGAGGCCAGCAGCUAAUGGAGGCCCUCAAAUUCGAUCUGGAGUGCGGCUGGGACAAUGCCAAUUGCCGGGAGACCGCCUUCGUGGUGGUGAUGGUUUGUGUGGCCAUGGUCUUCUGGAUGUGACUUCUGCACUUUGCAUAUAAGACGUCCACCGACUUUUAUAGCAUUCUAGAGCAAGUCUACGGCAGGCCGGUCAUAUAGGUCCUGCCGUCUAGAGUUUAAGCGUGAUGAUGAGACUUUGACCACUUUGAUACCUUUCGCAGUUAGUUGUUUCUCUUCCGAAAACCUUCUCUCACCGAUCCGCUGGUCCUUGGUAACGCUUUAUAUGUAGUAUCCUCACCACUCACCACUUACACACUCCAUUCUUCACCUCGCCUCGCUGUCUAUCUCCAUGUAUGUAUAUUUUUGUAGGCCUUAGUGUAAACCAUAUCUAAUCCAGUUAUCUAAUAACCCCGCCUGACCUGGCCCUGUUUUCUGUACUUCUUUUAUAAGUUAGGUCACUGCGCUGCUUAAACGAUUCCAAAAUGAAAGUCUGUAAAAUGUUUCAUAAACAUAUAAUAAAUAUUUACGGUAGGUUAAGUUCGCCGUCUCGUA